AUGGUCCCAUCACCUGACCACGCUCACCUGACCUCACAGGACCACAGCGGGGCCCUGAUGGCUGAGGAGUUCAAGGCGUGCCUGAUCAGCCUGGGCUACGAUGUGGAGAAUAACAAAACGGUAAGGAGCGCAGACAAGUCGGGGGGGGCGGAGGGGCGGAGGAGAGAGGGGCUGCUGCUGUUACCCGUCUAACCUGCUGGGGCCGCGCUCUGCCUGGCUUUUUGCUUGCCUGUGCUGUCAUUCACUCUCAUUUCACUCACCCACUCACUCACUGGCCUCCACUCCAGCCACAGCCUCGGCUCCAACACUGCAGUUUUUUUUACCUUGAUUUGACUCAUCUCUUUUUAACGUUGUUUCUGCUUUUUCCAUUUUUUUCACUCCCCUCUCAUUACUCACCUCUCCGCACCUUCCCCUCCUUUGUUCCUCCUCUUUCCAUGCUUCUAUCUGCUCAUGUCUUCCUCCUCUCGUACUUUUCUGUCCCCCUCGAAUCCACGCUCCCUCUAUUGCUCUCCUUUUCCUUCCAUAUCUGUUCCUCUCAAUCUCUCGGUCCCUGGGAACAGAAACGCACAGGGCAGAUGGACAUAGACAAUUACCGCGCUCUGCUCGUUGCCACUGGAAACAGCCUGGUACUGCCUGCUGCUUCUCUCUGCUUUUUCUGCUCUCGUCUCAAUCUUUCUUUUUCUCCCUCUGUCUUGAGUUUAGAAUAAGACCCUUACUGUUGUAGCUACUGCAACAUGGUAAGCAUAAUGUGUAGUAACUGUCUCUUGUAACACAAUCCCUCUUAACAACCCUGCCCCUAAGCAGAUAUUAAUACAAUCUUUAUCGUUGAGGCAUGUUGUCAAAUUCAAGUUAAAUGUUUAAUUAGUGGUAAUAUUGCUCAGAGGUUGGUCAUUGGUCAGUGAUACCCUCGAUUUCCUAUUGUUGUUUCUGGGUUAACCUGUGUUUUCCUGUGGUGGUGGUUUCCAGGGUGAUGCCGAGUUUGCCCGCAUCAUGGGCAUAGUGGACCCCAACAACAGCGGAGCGGUCACCUUCCAGGCCUUCAUAGACUUCAUGUCCAGGGAGACCACGGACACAGACACAGCCGACCAGGUCAUCGCCUCCUUCAAGAUCCUGGCUGCAGACAAGGUGAGGGGGUUUGUGGGGGUGGAAUGGUGUUGGGCUCGUGUGGUGAGUGUGUGUGUGUGUGUGUCUGUGUAAGAGAGAGAGAAUGUGUGUUGCAGCUACUUGAGACGGCUGAAGUAGACAAACUAUUAUUACUCAACUAUCACUCUGUUAUUCAACGUCCCUCCCUCCCAUCUCUUUCCCUCACUCUCUGUCAGAACUUCAUCAUGGCCGAGGAGCUGAGGCGGGAGCUGCCUCCAGACCAGGCGGAGUACUGCAUCGCCCGCAUGGCGCCCUACUCAGGCCCCGAUGCGAAGCCCGGAGCCCUCGACUACAUGUCCUUCUCCACUGCCCUCUACGGGGAGAGUGACCUCUAG